GCUGCAGCACGGGGUGGGGGGAAAUUCUUCAAGGAGUAGCUGUGAGAAUGAUUUACGGGCAGGGAGAACAGAUGUAGCAGCCGUCUAGUGGCACAUUCACGAGUAUACAUCAGGCUGCAUGUGGUGCCCGCACACCCGGGUAUACAGAUUAUGCAUAUGUUGCCUGUGCACCUGCCCGGUGCGUGCCUCUGGGUGAAGGUGCUCCUUGGGCAUUUAUUUGCUCAGGCCUACCUUCCCCUGCUUGUGAGGGCGUGUAAGAAGUUUAACCAAGCUGGAGCUGAGAAGAUUAAGUCCCUGGAGCAUCUGGGCUAGAAUAGAAAGGACAGGGGAUUUCGGAGCCUGAGCGCUGGGAGCCACAGAUUCCCACCCCACUAGUUCUAGCUAGAAGGCAUUUUUUGAAGGCUGGGAUGACAAAGAAGAGUGACCCUGAAAUAACUACAAAGCUUGGGGCGAUGCUCACUGAGUGAGUGACUGAGGGGUGAGAACAGAUGGUUUGUUGAUGACAGGAAUGUUAGCAUUUAGGAAAGCGAGGAAGAAACUCAGAAUGGGGACCAUAUGCUCCCCCACCUCAGGAGGGACAAAGACCGUGGAAGUCUGCAAUGCCGACUGGAUGGGCUCGCUCCCCCGUCGCCUCAGCACAUUACCCCUUUCCCAUCUGGCUAUCCCAGGGUCCCAUGAUUCUUUCAGCUACUGGGUAGAUGAAAAGUCUCCUGUGGGACCAGACCAAACCCCAGCUAUCAAGCGUCUUGCCAGGGUCUCCUUUGUGAAAAAGCUGAUGAAGAAAUGGUCCGUUACGCAGAACCUGACGUUCAGGGAGCAGCUAGAGGCAGGGAUUCGCUACUUUGACCUGCGUGUGUCAUCCAAGCCUGGUGAUACUAACCGGGAGAUCUACUUCAUCCAUGGUCUUUUUGGCAUCAAAGUCUGGGAUGGGCUGAUGGAGAUCAACUCUUUCCUCACACAACACCCCAAAGAAGUUGUCUUCCUGGACUUCAACCACUUCUAUGCCAUGGAUGAUGCCCACCAUGAAUACCUGAUUCGACGGAUCCAGGAGGCAUUUGGAACCAAGCUCUUCCCAUCUGAGAGAGUGGAGAAUGUGACCCUGAAUACUCUAUGGGAGAAAAAAUGCCAGGUUCUUAUUUUCUACCAUUCUCCCCUCGCCAUGCAAUACCCCUUCCUGUGGCCAGGACACAGGAUUCCAGCACCAUGGGCCAAUACAACAUGCGUGAGGAAACUCAUACUCUUCUUAGACACAACUCUCGGUGAAAGAGCUCCCCGGGGAGCUUUCCACGUGUCCCAAGCUAUUCUCACACCCAGAGUGAAGACCAUUGCUCGAGGCCUAGUUGGUGGUCUCAAGAACACACUGGUGCACAGGAAUCUUCCUGUGAUUCUGAACUGGGUGAAGACACAGAAACCUGGAGUCCUGGGUGUCAACAUCAUCACAUCUGACUUUGUCGACCUGGUGGACUUUGCCACAACUGUCAUUGAGUUGAAUAACCUCCUUCUACAAGGGGACAGAGCUCUGGCUAAAUGCUGACUUCCGUUUUACUUAACUCCAUAUUGAAUUUAUUGAUUCAGGGCAGAGUUUUGACAGGUGUCCCUGCCAAUGGUAAUAGUCCCUGGGCAGAUUUUUGGAAGUGGCUAAGAGGAGGCCUUUUUUCUUUAUUCAUAGGGCCUGUUGAGUAAUGUUGACAGUACUAUCGAUUUCAGUUUUCCACGUGAAUGAAGCUUUUGACAUCGUGGAAAGUCCAAGGGGAGAAAUCCCACUUUAAAUAAUCAAUGUCAGAGUUUCAUUUCACUGGAUUAUAGGAUGUAUUCAUUGGUCAGGAAUGUAGAUAAUGGGCCUCAUCAGGGUAUUUUGUGUCCAUUGUCCCAUUUCUUUCUCUGUUGUCUUUCAAGAUGUUGUUUGUGCCAGUAAGAGGCCUGAAGCUCAAGUGGGCAUCCCUGAUCAGAGAAAUAUCCAGUCCUGAGUGUUGUCUGUCCUGUGGUAGAUAGAACACCAACCUAGGACUCUGAUGGGGUCCCCUCAGUGAGAGAAGAAGCUGGUGUUAGGAAGGGGGCUGGGCAACAACCCACUUCUUCUAAGAGCCAGCCAGUAGGAUUUAGCAUGGUGGUGUUAGUAAGAAGGCUGCUAUUGUAAUGCUUGCCCUGGGCACAUGCUGACCCGUUUCCUCAGAGAAAUAGGGCCCAGAGAUUUAGGUAACAGGUGUAUUUUACAAUCCCAAAAUAUUACUUCCUUUCCAUCUGUUUUGUUGAAUAUAAAAGAAAGAAAAGGGGCAGCUAAUUUUAAACUUGGGAUUGAGAAUAGUUAGAUUUGCAUGUUUCUCAUCUCUCUUUUUGUUUUGUUUUGGAAUUAUUUCCCAACGGACUUCCAGUUGAACUCUAAAUCAUUUUGGCAGAGCCUCUUGGGAGCAGUGUCUUCAAGCCAGCUCCUGAGGUCACGGUCAACUCUGGAGUACAUCUGGGAUUGGUAUCUGUCUUUUGUGACAUCAUGCCAAGAGAAUGUACAAGUGGUGAUGCCAUAAUAAGCUGAGGCAAAAUCAUGAUUGAAAAGUGCGCUGGCAUUACAUGGACAUGUUCCAGUUGGGUUUGGAGCUAUUCUGUGAUUCUUUGGAAACAAGACUACCUCGGGGACAUUUAGGAUGGUUUCUGUGUCAUCCAAAAAAAGAACAAAAACAACAUACCAGUAUUAGGAGAAUCUCAAGUUAAUUUCUCAAUUUGAUUAGCCUCCUGCACGAUGUUUGGAGUUAAGCUAACCAUGGGUAGAUGAAGGGCUUUGAAAUUCAAAAGAAAACUUUUAUUGAUUGAUAAGAGGUGCUUAAGAGAGCUCUUUUCUCAUUUUAUUCAUGUAUUUAUUUACUUAUUUAUACACACUCUAUUGACAGUGCUUCCUCAGUCAGAAGUGCUCACAAUGGAUCUUCCAGGACUCCUUCCUGCCCAGGACAGAUAAGUUUGCUAUUUUUCCCUAAGAUGGCAGGACCACCUUUCUCAGUACAGUUGCGUGUGAUUCUUUAUAUGCUAUUGACCUUCACUCUCUGCUAGCCUUUCUGUUAUGCUAUCUAAGGACUUUGUGAACUUGGUAGACUUUCCAGCACCAUUCCUGCUGCACCAGUACCACAGCUGAGGAGGAAAUAGAUGAUGAGAACCACCACUUCUCAUCUCAUCUACAUCUCAUCCUGUUCCAGAACAGGACUGAAAAGUGAAUGCCAGCUGGAGAAAACAGGGAAAGAUAGUAUGUAUUUCUACCCAUCUGUACCUGUGAACAGCAGGGAAUACUCUACAAAGGGCGACCUCUGGACCCUGGAAGAGAAAGGAAAAAACCCAGUUGCCAAAUGUAUGUGGUUUUUGGUGGGGAGGGAAGGGAAAAGUGCACACACACAGACACACACACACACACACACACACACACACACACACACACACACACACACUGUACAGUGUGUAUUGGUCUUGCCGGACUUCUCCUUCAAUUGCUUGUCCCUUUGUUGCUGAUAGCUGGAAUUUUUCAUUUGUCUACAAUGGGAGCAUCCAGCCAGCUGCUAAGAAGAUAUCUCUUCCUUCUUGAGUUUUUUUUUUCCUCCAACCUUGUUACAAAUGCCACUUCUUCAGAAAAAGGGGGAAGUUCAGAUGCUCAGUCUACAAACCCUGAGUAGGUCUCACCUACCCUGUCGAAGGAAUCUAUCUUUCCUUGACUUGGAACCUUUCUUUAGAAGAGGUGGUAUCUGGAAUUGUUCUGUUAAGGGGAAAAAAAAGACAACAGCAAAACAAAAAGGUAUUGUUACUUGGGAAUGGGGGAAGCGCUGGUGCUCCCUUUCUAAAUCCUGCUUCAAUACAAAUGGAGAGGGUGAAGAGGAGGAGACCCAGGUCUUCCAUCUGGUUUGGAGAAGCUGCUAGGAGCUGGGCCGUCAGGCUGCCAGUUCACCCUCUUAUAAUACGGUACAAUGACAGGGAGGCUGGGGUAGGACGGCUUGUUCUCCCCUGUUUUAUUUGAGCAUCAGCCACAUCAGUGCCACGGUGCUAUGGGGACAGGUGUUUGUGGCAUUAAUGAAUAGAAUGCCGGUGAUACCCAAGGGCUCCUUACUGAUCAAAGAAAUGUUUACUUGAUUUUUCCCCUUUGCUGUUUUGUUCUGUUUCAUUUUAAACACAUCAUUGAGUUUCAUUUUAAUCAUUUCCUGCUGUCUUGACCAAGCAGACUUCAGGUUUUGGAUGAAUAAGAGAAAAGUUCUCAAGCAUGCUACCAAAGUACAGAAACCGGCAACUGCCCACAUGUACAUGGCAGGGUGCUGGAGAUCAUUAUUGCCGCUGCGGUUUGUCAUCCUUGUUUACGUUUGGGAAACAUUCUGUCUUGGAGUCAGUGGGAUGGGGGAAGGGGUUGUGAUUUAUAAUUCUGCUGUAAACACUGGACCCAGAUUUGGCUGCCUCUCAGCCUCAGGAAAAGGUUAACACAGAUGUUAAAGGAUAUUUGCGUUCUGUUCCUUAACCCUGUUGCUAAGCAGCAGAAUGGAGGGAGAGGAUGAGGAGAGGGCAGGAGGGUGGGGAGGAGAGGGACUUUGGUUUGGGUUAGUGACCUAUCCUGUGUCUGCCAUCAGAAAAAUGGCUCGACCACAUUACUUACUCUUCCAAGUUGUGUGGGAUUUUAAAAGCAAAACACUACUUAUGCUUGUUCAGAACUGAAUAUUGUUGACUCCACAAUUGGCUAAACAUUUGCUUCUGAGCCAAACAGGAACCCAGUUUCCUAAGAUCUGGGGCCGCGUUUCUUUGGAGAUGUAACCUGAAUAUCCCUUGAGCUGCCUGAUCUAACUGCCCAUUGGCAGAUAAGGACAGUUAUCCUGGGUUGCCUGUCACUGUUUACAAGGUUGGACUUUUGAUCCUACUGGCAUACCACAAUGGUUCAUGAAGAUGUCCCCAGGGUUAGGGAGACAGAGAGGGAUAAGGUUAGGGUGAGAGGGUGGUGAAAGAAUCAGACAUUAACAUUUAAAUUAAGACAGCUGUCAGAGGCUCUUUGCAGAGAAUAUUGAAACACUCUUGCAUCAGACUCUAGAGGAAUUGUUUGAGCCAAUGCUUCUUUAGUUUUGUAGUCACGAUGCAGAAAUUCUUGGUAGUACGUUGGUCACUUUGGCCAAACCUGGUAGUCUGCAUUAAACUACAAGAAAAGCACAAGGAAUCUGAUAACAAGAAAGUCCAAGCUCCUUAGCAUCCUAAGGCUCCCUCCAAAUUUUCCCCUGAUCAAACUCACAACUUCAUAUUUAAGAAGCACACAUUUCUAUAGGAGAAGGACUUAAAUGUUUCACUAGAGCCACUAGACCAAGCAAUUAAUACAGUGUUCUGCAUUUGAAACAAAGUCAACAUACACUGAUAGGACCAGGCUACUGAAGCAUUGCAAUGAAAUGCUGUCUUGAUGCAGUCUUUGUCUUCAUUUGGAUUGAACCAUUAGAAAGUGUUGUACAUAAGGACAUUAAAACCAUACCCCUUGGUGAGGUGGGAGGGGAGGAUGGAGUACCAUUAAACAUCCCCAUGAAAUAAACAUGAGGAGGUAAAAAUUCCAAUUCCAGCUCAAUCCCUCCUUUUCCAUCACUCUUCGAAUGCUUAGGAAGGUUUCUUACAAGCUGGUAGAAGACUUGGAUGGAUACCGUAUGGAUAUAUCUCCAAGUUAAAAGGGCUUGGGAAAGAGAAUAGACUAGUGAAUGAGGCCCCUAGUACUGACCUUCCAGGUGCAUCCGUGCCAUCUCUUUUCAUUGUGAUUCCAGCUUUGUGGAAGGGCUCAGCACUUAACACAAUCCCUAGCAUAUAACAGCCACUUAAUAAAUGCCACGUUGACCUGGUUUUGGGUCAAAGUUUUGUCCCACAGUGUCCCCCCUCCCUCACCAAUUUAUAAUGAGGAAUGCCUUUUGCCACUAGAUAGUUUGAGUACUUGAAGAUUCUCAUAUGGGAGGCAGAUGAAGAAUAGGUUUCAGGGAAGCCAUGAAGACUGAGUGAUUCAUAAUGUUCAGUGUGUGAAAUGCCUUUGGUAACCUAGGAGCUAAAUAUGUGAGCGAAGUGAAGAGUGUUCUUUGAUAGUGUGCUGGGAGAACAUCAUGGAGUCGCUACACUUCCCCUAAAAUUUUUUAAUUGUAUGACUGAUGAUAAAGCAUAUAUGGGUAUAGUACUUCCACAAAGUUUGGCAAAUAUCCCCCGACCCCAUCCUUCUGAGUUAUUUAGAGAAAAGAGUUUACAUGAAUUCAGGUGGAUAAUCUACCAUUAAAAAAAUCUCUGGUCAUUCCACUCAAUGUGGCCAGUGUUUUGAGACCUGGUUUAAGGUUUAAGUUAUUUUAAUUUCUUAUGGGGACAGUUGAAAAACCAGGGAUUCAAUUUCAUUUCCAGAGAAAUAACUGAAGGUGGCAAGGGAGGACUAACCAUAGGGUAGGGCUAGGUAUUUUCUUAGCAUUAAGAUGUAAAAAUGUGCAGGAUCAGGUGCUGAGAGGUUAAACCAUUGAUGAAACGCUUUUAAAAUCGUGAGCAUUAUUAUUCUAUGUUAAAAACAUUAGAAGAGUGGAAGGAAAGGGUAGAGAUAGGUGACAAGAAGUGAAAAGGGCUGCUGGUAUUUCCUCUGUGAUGGCCCAACUUUGGCCAACGUGGCUAAUCAUCUGACCAGCACCACAAUUCCAGAUGUGAUCAGCCAGACUUUGCUCAAAUAGCAAGGCUUUAUUCCUAUUCCUUCUGAGGAAUUCUUAGCAUUAGGCUUUCGAUCCUCUGUCGGAGUGACUACCAGCCCUGAAAAAAAUCCAUGCCAAUCCCUUCCUUUCCUUGCUGAUCUCUCUCUUUACCUAGUUGUUUGUCUACCUCCUCCUCCCAAGCCUUCUUCUUCAGGAAUAGAAGGUUCUCGGUGACAAAACCACCUGGCUAUGUGGGAGGCAGAGAAAGAGGGAGGGAGGGAGGGAAUCCACCAAUGCACUGUCAACAUGGGCAUCAGCAUCCAUAAUGAAUACAGAAUCCUGCAAUGAGCUGCAGAACAUUCUGUGAAACAAGGAGGGGAAAACAAGCUUGGAAUAAAGAGAGAACACUAGAACACAAACUCGGUAACAUGGAACACCUGAUGUGGAACUAAGUUUCUUUCUUUAAAAUGUAUUUGUCCCUUUAAAAAUUUUGUUUAUUUUCCAACAAGCUACUGAAGACUUUUUCUUUCCUCCCUGGUACUUGACAUCAGGGACAAGUACGUUGGGCAACACGGGACUUGUUGGAGUGGUAUGAGAGAAAUAGGUUAGUAGAGGUAGAAACUAGCUUGUCACUCCACCCCCCCAAAUAAACUUGAACAAUUCUUUUGCAACCCCAUGAAUUCUCUCUUCAACUUGUGGUUUUUCCAGUUUCCCUCCAGACAGUUGCAUCACUGCCCAGUGACCCUAUGACAAUACUGAGCUGGCCCAAACCCAGAAGAAUAUGGUGUUGAUACCCCUCCCCCACAUACACUUUUCUUAAUACAAUACUAUGCUGGAAAAAAAACCUCACCUACCUCCAGUGGCCUCAAAAUUAAGUUUUAAGAUGACUCUGGGUUGGCCCCAUCUUAUGGUAUUUACUGUUCAACAAUCUCACCGAGAGAAUUUGUUCACAUGGCUCCUUCAGCCUGUCUCCAGACCAAACUGGUUUCAAUAAGGUUUUGCAGUUCUUAUCUGUUGGAACCUAAUCCCUCAGUCCCUAGAUAUAACUCCAUCACUAGAAGAGGCUUAUCUCAUCACUUUCCUGCAACACCAUUUUCUGCUCUUUAGUCUCAUCCAACUUCCACUACCUGCCAAAAGCUCUGGGUCACAGGAGGUCAGGAAGAACCUGUAUUAACCAAAAGGAAGCGCAUGCCCAACCUAAACUAUGUAUGAGCAUAGUUUUCUUCUGAUAGCAGUCAUGUGACCCUCACUCAUAUUUUUAUUUAGCCCUUCUUCCCCACCUCCCCCCACCCCUAUUCGGGUCUCCACACCUCCACCUGUCCUGGCAACAGUCGAGGACCUGGGGGGGGAUGGAGGGAAGGGGAAAGGUUAAUAUCCAGUGUAACCAACAAGGGCUGGUUUACAAGUCUAGAUAAUGUAAGAGACAGCACUUUUAGACAUCAAGUGGAACUUAUAUAGCUUUGUACAUUUACAGUUUACAUUACUAGAGCAUUAAUAAAUGCUUCCCUCAUGGAACUGCAGUAUUCAUGUGAUAGCUUGUAGUAGGGACAGAUUGGGUUACCAGUGAUUGCUGCUAAUAUCUUCCUUACUACCUUAUACCCUAAUAUUAAUAUGCAUUGAGUAAAGUGUUAUCUAUAUACAAUUUGUACAAUGUGUAUGCCUAUUGUCAUCUCAGUUAACCUUGCUGACCAGAUAUGAGUUAAAACAUAAACAAGCUGUAAUGGUGGAAAUAAGUGUUGACCUUUUUGUUUUAAUUGUGAAAUUAAUUAUGUACUGCACUAGCUAUUGUAAUUUGUCCUAUAUUGGCUGUAUCACAUUAAAGUGCAUGAAGCAAAAGGAAUGCUACCUGAUCUAAUAAUUAAAGAAAAAUUUUGCAUAUCUGUGCACUUUCAUGUUAAAAUGUAUUUUGUGGCUUAACUAUACUGUAUUCUGCAUUUCAUUUGUUUUUGUUCUCUUCAAGAAACAAUUGUUCAGUUCAGUUUAUUCUCUUUUCCCUUUUCUUGACAGAAUUAUGUAAUUUAACUCUGCAUUGUCAUUUUAACUGUGAAUAUGUUAUUUUUAAAGGCCUAUCCUGAAACUUUUUUUUGAUUGGUUUGUUUUAUGUUGUAUUUUAUUUGAAUGACCCAGAAAAGUUUUCAGCUCUGACAAUAAACAUCACAUUUUGGCACACA